ACGAACGAAUCAUCGAAUAUGACAUUGAUGCUUUGGUGUUUGAGGAGCGUUCGCCCUUUCAAAAAAUCCAAAUAUUGCAUUCAAAGACUUUGGGAAACAUGUUGAUUUUGGAUGAAUUGCAAAAUAUUGCCGAAUCUGACUUAAUUUACACCGAAACUCUUAUGGGUCGUGGUAUCGAAAAUUAUGAAGGGAAAGAGAUUUGUAUACUAGGCGGUGGAGAUGGUGCAUUACUUUAUGAAUUACUGAAGGAAAAACCCAAGUUCGUCGUGAUGCUUGAAAUUGAUGAAUUGGUAAUGCAAGCAUGUAACAAAUAUUUAAAUACAAUUUGUGGUGAUGUACUUGAAAAGCGCAAAGGUGAUAAUUAUGAAAUUGUUGUUGGUGAUUGUGUGGAGUACAUGAAGAAAUUCGUAAACGAAAAUCGAAAAUUUGAUUAUGUUUUUGGUGAUCUUACUGAUAUUCCAAUAUCUGGUGCUCCUGUUGGCGAAAUUUGGGAUUUUAUACGAACAAUCCUCGAACACUCUUUCAAAAUAUUAAAACCAGAUGGAAAAUAUUUAACACAUGGCAAUGGUACAGCUUGUACAGAAUCCUUGGAGUUAUUUGAAGAUCAAUUGCGAUUGCUUAGACCAAAAGUAAACUUUACUACUUCUAAGGCAUUUGUGCCUUCUUUUAUGGAAGAGUGGCUAUUUUAUCAGGUAUCCUUGGCUUGACCGACUGAAAUGUCCCACAAUUCUCAUAAUACAUUAUGUAAUCAAAUGCAACGGCUAUCUUACCAAAUUACCUUACGAAAUUAUAUGGUUAAUUUCCUCAACGAGACAAUUUUGGAGCCCCGCAAUACUUCAUGGAAAAUUGAAAGUUUAUUUACAUCAAUUCUGAUCAAGAGGGGGUCAUGGCUAUGAAACGCAAUGUACCAUUUACGAGUUUCUUAGUUUAAUAAAAAAGUGUUUCGUAAUACAAUAGUUACAAAUAAUACCAAAUGUGGAUUACUAAUUUAAUUAAGAUUCUGUUUAAGGUUAAAUCACCAGAGUGAUUUAUGAAAAUCGUUGAGUAAUUAAAUUACUAUUAUAAUUUAAGCCUAAUUGUAAUUUAAACACAAAGCUAGGGUGAUACCAUAAAUCUUGUUACUUAUCUCAGUAUACACAAAAUGUACUAAUAAUUAAAACUGUUGAGUACUUAACGUAUGUAUGUAUAUUUUAGUUCAAAUACAAAUAAAAGUAAAAGUCGUAUGCAGAAAAAAACAAAUAAUAUAUGGUAUGAA